AUGAUCAAAGGUAAAGAUGUAUACAAUAUACUAGAAAGUAUUGUGCCCCUAUAUGUGGCCAUGAUAUUAGGCUAUGGUUCGGUUAAAUGGUGGAAAAUAUUCACACCGGAUCAAUGUGUUGGUAUAAACCGUUUUGUAGCAUUGUUUGCCAUUCCUACCCUUACUUUUAUUUUCAUAUCACCAAUUAAUCCAUACCACAUGAAUUGGCAAUUACUACUUGCGGACACACUUCAAAAAGUUGUGACUUUGGUUGUUCUUAGUCUAUGGAACAUUUUUACAAAACGUGGUGGUAUAGAUUGGAAUAUAACCCUUUUUUCACUUACCAAUCUUCCAAAUACAUUAGUUGUUGGAAUCCCUCUUUUGAAGGCUAUGUAUGGAACAUUUACCACAACCCUUUUGAUCCAAAUUUUAGUUUUGCAAAAUGUUUUGUGGUACAACUUAUUGUUGUUUUUACAUGAAUAUAGAGCGGCUAAGCUCUAUAUUUCACAACAAUUUAUUGAGACAAAUAAUGUUGAAGGGUCUAUUAUCUCCCAUAAGGUUGAUUCAAUUAAUGUUGAUGUUGAAAUGGGAGAAAUCAAUGGAAAUAAUAAUAAUCUUAAUGUCAAGUCUUAUUCAACAUCUAGAGUGCAAAAUUUUGGCGGGGUUGAAGUAUAUUCAAGCUACUCAAAUAGUCCAAAAAUUGAUGGUUUUGAAGGCAAGAUCUUAAAGAUACAAAAUCAAAGAUUUUGGAGGAGCAAUAGUUGCCCGGAUUUGAUGGUUUCUUCUUUUCAGAAUCUAAAAUCAACUUUUUCAUGGUUUACCAAUAAUGGCCAAAUAAAGGAAAAGUGUAGUGGUAGUUUAGGCAUGCCACAAGAAGAAAUGAAUGCAUCAAAAGUAAGUGGAGACAAAGAGCAUGAGAGCAAGGAUGGAAUCAAAAAUCAAUUAACCGAGAGACCCAAGGAGUUGGAAAUUAAAAAAAGAAUUAGUGUCGACAAUAAACAACAAAUUCCACCUGGUCGUGGCAUGAUGACAAAGCUCAUUCUCGUUAAGGUGGGGAGGACGCUCGCAAAAAAUCCUAAUGUUCAUGCUGCAAUUUUGGCUCUCGCAUGGUCUCUCAUAUCAUUUAGGUGGAACAUCAAAAUGCCAGCGAUCAUCCACGAUUCUGUUACAAUAAUGUCUGAUACUGGACUUGGAAUGUCUAUGUUUAGUCUAGGCGUAUUCACGGCAUUACAACCCAAGAUCAUUGCUUGCAGUAAAACUGAGUUAGCAUUUUCUAUGAUACUUAAGUUUUUGGUUGGUCCUGUGUUGUUUGGUGCAACUUCUGCAGCUGUUGGUAUUCGUGGAGUUGUUUUCAAAUUCGGAAUUAUGCAGGCUGCUCUUCCUCACGGUAUUGUUCCUUUUGUAUUCGCCAGAGAGUACAAUCUCCAUGCCGUAAUAUUUAACACAUCGGUUAUCCUCGGAACGGCAAUUGCGCUCCCUAUAGCAAUACUCUAUUACGUGCUUCUAGACCUUAAUGUUUCUUUUUAA